AUGCCUCCUUCCAAUAAUGCCAAGCAAAGGAGAGGCAGUGGUGUACUGAUUAGAAGAAGAUGGGACGAGAUGCGGAAGCAAGAAGUCACUGCAUCUUACAUUUCGAACAGUUAUGAUGGAUCUGAAUUAGUAUUUAAGCAUUUCCAAGGUCCGCCUUCCGCCUACGCAUCUACUAUUAAUCUUCUCAAAACCCCUCAGCCACAAUCUAUUAGCUCCAGCAGCGUCAACCUCAUCAUGAGUUACAAAACCUUAGCUAUCUUGGCUACCCUUCUUACCCGUACUGUUCUCGCCGGUAUUGAUAAUUGGCUCUCACCAGAGUACAAGUUUAUCUUCCAAUUCCCACUUCCCAUCCCCUCAAUUGCGCAGCCCAUUACGAGUUACAAGAAUCCAAGCACGGGAGCAACAAUUGACUACUUUGAGAUUGAUAUCGUUCCGUUCGACAAGCAGACUUAUCCAGACCUAGGCACAACAUCCUACGUCGGUUACAAUGGAACUGCUCCUGGUCCUACGUUUCAUAUGACCAGGGGCAGAGAGGCAGUUGUGAGAUUCAUCAAUAAAUAUGACAGACCCUCUUCCAUCCAUCUUCAUGGAAGCUACAGUCGAACCCCUUUUGACGGCUGGGCAGAGGACCGCACCUUUCCUGGGGAAUACAAGGACUACUACUAUCCAAACGCUCAACCAAUGAGGACCUUGUGGUACCAUGACCACUCAUUGAGUAUUACCGCCGUCAACGCUUAUUUUGGGCAGGCAGGAUUCUAUAUUCUUGAUGAUCCCGCGAUCGAUGCUCAACUGAAGCUGCCAAGCGGAGACUACGAUAUUCCCCUUAUGCUGGCAGCCAAGCAGUUCCUACCAAGCGGCCAGCUCGUCUCCCCUGCAACUACACAUGUAAGCUUAUGGGGUGACGUGAUCACGGUCAAUGCACAGCCCUGGCCGUAUCUGAAUGUCGAACCAAGAAAAUACAAAUUCCGUCUUCUUGACGCUUCUGUUUCGCGCUCGUUCAGCCUCUUUCUAGUAGCAGACUCGGACCCAAACACCAGACUCGAGUUUAUUGUCGUCGGAGCCGACGCCGGUUAUUUGAGCAGCUCGGUUCCUACUAAGUCGUUGGUGAUUGCUAUGGCAGAGCGUUAUGAGAUUGUCAUUGACUUCGCCAAGUACCAGGGACAGAAUCUGACGCUGAUGAACGAAAGAAAAUUUCAAAAUAACCCGGAUUAUCCCGCCACGGACCGUGUGCUUCGUUUUGUUGUUGGAACCCAUGUCUCAAGCACUGAUGGAAAUGGUGAUGUGCCUAAUCAGCUCGUCACACUCAAUAAUCCAGAAAACCAUCCCGUCAUUGACAAACAGUUUACUUUCGAGACCAAGAAUGGACAAUGGCUUAUCAAUGGCGUUGGAUUCGAAGAUGUUCAGAAUAGAGUACUUGCAUUUCCGAAGCAAGGAAAAGUCCAAAGAUGGGAGUUGAUCAACAAUUCUGGAGGAUGGAGUCACCCAAUCCACAUCCAUCUCAUUGAUUUCCAAGUGACCAAGCGCUCAGGAGGGCGCGCUGCCGUCGAGCCAUACGAAGCCACCGCAUUAAAAGACGUGGUAUACCUAGGACAAAACGAAAAAGUCGAGGUCGUCGCAAACUUUGCGCCGUGGUCUGGUGUCUACAUGUUCCAUUGCCACAACCUGGUGCACGAAGACGACGACAUGAUGGCCGCAUUCAACGUCUCGCAGGUCGACCUCUCCGCUUUCGGCUACCCGGAAACCACCUCUUUCAUCGACCCUAUGACCCCCGCCUUCCGCUCCAAGCCCAUCUCCUCGCUCCCCUUCCCCCAAGGCACCGCGCAGUACUUUGCUGAUAUCCCCGUCAGCGUGCUGAAGCGGUUCCAGGACCUGAACGCGUACCCGGAUAGUAAGGGCGUGGAGAAUGCGUUGAAGAGCUUUUACCUGACUGCUACGGAUGCUGCCGUUGCGCCGGUUAGUACGGGGGGUAGUGGUGGUGGAGGGGGAGGAGGCAAGACUACGUUGAGUACGCAGACGAGUGGGACGAAGACUAGCACUGCGAGGUGA